AUGUUUGCAAGAUUCUCCCGCUGUACAAUAAACAGUGCUAAAGCAUUGUUAGUCAAUCGUUCCAAUCGUGCAUUUUCAUUGACUUCUCAAAUAAAUCGAGCUCGUAUUCCAGUUAAAGAAAUAGAUCCAACCAUUAUAAUUCCUGAAGAUCCUUAUAUUUUAGCAGAAUGGGUAAGAAAAUUUGGAGAAGCAAAUCGAUUAGAUGAUGCCAUAAGCGUAGUUUGGAACGCAAAAAAAAGUGCGCAGUCUGAAGUUGUGUGGAAUCAUUUAAUUAUUGAAUGCGUUAAAAACCGAAAAUUUCAAAUGGCAUUUAGAAUGUUUAAUGAGAUGAAAAAACACGGAUUCGUCCCAAACGAACAAAGUUUUACAAUUUUAUUAAAUGGCCUUGCAGACCAUCGCCCAUUCGUAGAUAACAUAUUGCAAGCACGUAGAAUGAUCGACAAUAUGCAAGAUUUAACAAAAGCCAAACCAGUAGAAUUAAAUGUAAUUCAUGUGAAUUGCCUUUUAAAGCUUUGUUCGCGACUUAACAAUUUUGAAUCGUUGCAAGAAAAUUUCAACGAUAUGAUGAGAAUGGGUAAUUGGGCUCCUAAUAAAGAAACUUUUACCAUUAUUUUUAAUGCUUGUGCAAGAAAUGGUGAAAAAGGGUAUCUUAUGGCUAUUCAGUUAUGGAAUCAAUUAAAUUCCUUAACUUCUAAACAAAAGAAACAACAAUCACAAGUCAGAGAACCUGAUGGAUAUGGAGCGGAUUUUGCACCUGACUCUGGACAUGAGAUUGAAAUGGAUGAUGAACUUGUGAGAUCAAUGCUUUUGGUAUGCAACAAAACUAAGAAUUAUGACAAAGGAUUUGAAAUAUUACAAAGUGUUUAUGGAUUUUCAAUAUCAUCCGAAUUGUCGAAAAAAAAGACAUCAUCGAUAUUAUCGAAUAAACAUUUAAUUUCACCAAAGUCUGUUGAUAUAAUGUUAAAUCUUUGCAUAGGCGCACGUCAAUACGAAAAAGGCAUAAUUUUAUUCAAUGAAACAUUAAAUCAAUUUCCAGAUAUAACACUUGAUAUUCAUAAUUUUAACAAAUUAAUAAUUUGUUAUAACCAGUUAGGAAAAUUUACGAAAUCAAUAGAUACAUUCCAACCAAUUCGUGCUCGAGAUUUGGAGCCAACAUUAGAAACGUAUGAUUUGUUAUUAACUGCAUGUCGUAUAACAGAAGAUUGGGUAGCCGGAAAAGAAUUUUUCGAAUUAAUAAUAAAACAGAAAAAAGAGAUUAGUUUAGAUUCGCAUUUAUUAAAUAUGAUAUUAGAAUUGUCCAUGUUAAAUCGCAAAUCUGAGGGUUCUCCGGAAAAGGUUCGUUGGACAUUAGAACAAAUUGAAUCUCUCGGGCCGCGUUAUCCUGAAAAAAUAAGAAAUCUUUCAAAAAUUAAUAAGCCUAAUGCUAGUAAAUUUGGGAACGCAUCUAUGCCGUUAUAUAAUAUUUAUGAUAUUAGAUAUUUAAAGAGGAUUAUUCUAGCUUACGAAAUCGUACUGGAUCCAAAAUUUAUCAAUAAAAUUGAUGAAAAACAAAAAUCACAAUGGAAAGAAAAUUUCGAAUUUUAUAAAACAGUUUUGGCUGAGCAUGAAGGCCGUAGUCAAAAAAGUGAUGAAAGCAUUCCACCAGAACGACGGUAUGAUAUGAGAUCAGCAUGGAGGUAUAUAGAUCAAUUUAAAGGUAAAAGGAGGAUUGAUAAAAAAUAUGCGAGAACAUUUGAUGAUGAUGUAAGAUCAGAUAAACAAUUUGAUUCUGAUAAUAUAAACAAAUUAAAAAAUAAAAAUUAA